AUGAAAUCUAUUUCUACUAUCAUAUUAUCCUUCUUAAUCAUUUCUCGCACUCAUGGGUUACCAAUCAAAUCAAAGUCAUACACCAACGGUCACGAUAAUCAUUACCAUGGUAAAGCAACUUGGUUUCAUCCUGAUCUAGGAGCGUGUGGUGAUUAUGAUACCGAUGAUGAUGCAAUAAUUGCUAUCAACGAAAUCCAAUAUAAAGAUGGAGAAUCUUGUCAAAAGUCUGUCAAAAUCACUAAUCCAAGAAAUGGUCAUUCAGUCAAAGCAAAAAUCAAAGAUUUAUGUAAAAUUUGUCCAUAUGGUGGUUUAGAUUUAGCAAGUAGUGUUUUUAAAAAAUUAGAAGAUUUAGAUAGAGGUGUACUUUCAAUUGAUUGGAAAUGGGAUAAUUAA